UUGCAUUAUGGGAUAUGUUGUGACUGGAAGUGAAAUAUUCCUGAAAAUGGUCUAAGAAUACCUUAAUUUUAAAGAACUCUUAUAUAACAUCUAGUUGCUUGUUUUGUGAUACAGCAAAAUGCCGGCAACAAAGAAAGAUCUAUACAUUGCCAAAACCAUUGGUGAACUGAAUAAACUGGCAGAAUUACCAGCAAAGAUGUCUACCUCUAACUCAAAAAUCUUGGUAAAGACAGCAGAUAAGAUGCUAAAGGAGGCUGAGACAGGAGACAUGUUAGGGGAUGAAGAGAGAGCCUAUGUCCUGUACAUGAAAUACUUCAAUGUCGUCACAUUUCUUAAAAAGACCCCAGAGUAUAAAAAACAAAAGCAAUAUUAUGAUAGUUUGUUAGGACAGAAGAACCUAUUAAAGUCCAUUGACAAGGCAGAGGAACUAGCUGAAAGCCUAAAGGAAAGGUAUGAAGAAAUAGAGGCCAAAUUAAUAGCUGAGAAGUUGUCCCCCUUAGACUCUAGUCCACCAAUCAAUGGAAAGGUUGACAGUCCUAGAGAGAAGGAAGAAACUGAUGGCGAACAAAAAAAAGAGGAAAAGGAAAAGGAAGUAAAAGAUGAACCAGUGACACCAAAGACACCAAAGACCAUCCAAGGUGAGAUAACUCCUACAUCACUCUACAGCUUACUACAGGUACAAGAUGUACAGUUAAUUAUCAUGGAUGUCAGAUCAGACAAGGACUUCAAAGAAUCACAUAUCAACCAUAAAUGUUGUAUAAAUAUACCUGUAGAGAUUGUUCCUCCAGGGACUACUGUUAUUCACAUUGCAAAAUCUUUACCAGAAGAUUCAAAAUCACCAUGGCAACAGAGAGGCAAUGUUGACCAUAUUAUUUUAUUGGAUUGGAGUUCUAAAUUAGAGGACUGUAACAUAGGGACUACAUUACGAACACUAAAAGAUGCAUUAUUUAAAUUUGAUUCAACAGUGAUAAUUAAGAGUGAACCAUUGGUGUUAGACGGAGGAUAUGACCAGUGGUUGUUGUAUUAUCCAAUGUUAACAACAAAUUCUAAUAUCUCAAGACCAAAAACAGACCUUAUGUCUCCUAUACCAUCAUUGGAUUUUGACUACCCUGAUUUUGAUGAAGCCUUCAUCAACACACCUACUCCUGACAGAGCCAAUCAAAAUCAACUAAAUGAAACAGUUACCCAAUCACAACCAAGUUCACUAAUUAAUGACCUUUCAGGUCAGAGACCACAGUUUCCAAGAAUAGACAGGUCAACCAAACCCAAACCAUUACAAUCCAGUGUUUCUACAAAUCUGACCAAUCAAACUGACCUUGAAAAACUUAAUGAAUUGAAGCCUAGAGUUACUUCCCUUUAUCCUGAUGCAAGUUCAAUAUCUUGUACAAAGACAAUCAGAAAAGAGACUGGGAAUGAAGUACAGAGUUUGUCUAGAGAACUAGAACAUGAACGAGAAGAACUCAACAGGAUUAGAAAGGAAAAAGAAGAAGAAAUUGCAAAGUAUCAGCUGGAUAAAGAAAGAAAUAUUAAGGAACAACAGGCAAGGAUCGAGAGAUUAAAAGAUGAAGAAGAAAAACUAAGAUUGAUAGAACAGAAAAAAUCAGAACAAACUAAAGAUCUGGCUGAUCUUAUGAGGCAGAAGAGAGGGUUACAGGAAGAAAUGAAAGGCUCUGGAGGAGAAAAUAUCAGAAAUCAAGAAUUGAGGACAAUAGAGAAUGAGAGAGUGAAAAGACAAGAUGAAGUAGACAAACUUAGACAGGAGAGAAAGAAAAAAGAGGAAGAAAGAAGAAUAUUGGAGGAAGGAAAGGAGAAAGAGGAACUUGAGAGAGCCAGAGCAAGGGCAAGGUUAGAAGAGGAAAAGAAAGAUUUUGAAUUGAAGCUUUCAGAAGAAACAGCCAGACGACUACAAGUGGAGGAAGAAUCUAUGGGGAUAGAACUUCACGAACUCAAACAGAGAGAACUCAAAACAAAGAUAGAAGAACUGAGGAAAAUGAGACUGGAAGAAGAGAAAAGUCUAAAGGAAACACAGAGCAAAGAAGAAUCUCUGAAAAGAACAGAAGAAAAUAGAAAGUUAAAGGAAAAAGAAGAUGCUGUAAAAAGACAAGAGGAAGAUAGGCUUGCUAUUGAAAGACAAGAAAAAGAGGCUCAUGAGAGAAAGGCAAAAGAACAGAAAGAUAGAAAACUGAGAGAAGAAGAAACUGAAAGGAGACGACUGGCAAAAAUAGCAGAGGAAGCGGCAAAAGUAGAGCAGACAAGAAAAGAGGCUGAGCUACGAUCCAAGAAUGAACUGGCAAAGAGAGAAGCUGAUCAAAGGUUAAGGGAUGAACAGACAAGGAGAGAGGCAGAACAAAAGGCAAGGGAUGAACAGGCAAGAAAGAUUGCAGAGGACAAGGCAAAGAAAGAAGCAGAGGAAAAGGCAAGAGCAGAUCAGGCAAGGAGAGAGGCAGAGGAAAAACUCAAACUUAUUCAAGGUGAAAGUCCUAAGAUAAAAACAAUACCAUCCCCUAACCUACCAACUGGCUGGGAGAAACGUUUAGACGGUCCAACUCAUAGAUACUACUAUAUAAAUCACAACAAAGGCACUACUCAGUGGGAACCUCCACAGACAGAAAUCAAAUUACCAGCUGCUGGCAAGUACACAACAAAAUUAAAAGAUGAACCUACUACAACAAAGAGAGGUCUGUCACGGUCUAACUCAUCACCAAACAUUGCUAAAAUGAUGGAAGAGGAAGACAAAGUAACACCACUCAGACCCAGUAUAGAUAGAGCUAGUAAACCAGCACAAAGACAAUUGAUUCCAGAGGCUAACAGACCAUCACCUCAGAAACAAGCCGCAAGGAUUAGGAACUUAAACCCUGUGUAUGGCAAUGUGGGACAAGCCUUGACAGGAUUGAGAAAUCUAGGUAACACAUGUUACAUGAAUUCUACAAUACAGUGCCUAAAUAACUGCUCUCCAUUGGUCACCUACUUCCUGACAGAUUGUUACCUGUAUGAUAUAAAUAGAGAGAGUGAACUUGGUAGCCAUGGAGAAGUUGCUGAUGAUUUUGCUGUCAUUGUUAAAAACCUGUGGACAGGACAAUAUAAAUGUAUAACUCCCAGAGACUUCAAGGUGACUGUAGGAAAACAUCAGCCUAUGUUUGCAGGCAAUGACCAGCAAGAUUCCCAAGAGUUCCUUACAUUUCUGUUAGAUGCCUUACAUGAAGGACUUAAUAAGGUAAAAAUACGUCCAAAGAUUCCGGAACAAGAUAAUGAUAACUUACCUGAUCACGUGAAUGCUGAGUUGUCAUGGAAACAUCAUCGUAUGUUACACGAAUCCAUUAUUGUUGAACUGUUUCAGGGACAGUUAAAGUCUACUUUGAUGUGUCUGACAUGUAGAAAACAGUCUGUUACAUUUCAAGCUUUUAUGUACCUGUCCCUGCCCAUACCAUCAGGAUCAAGAUGCACACUAAACGAUUGUCUGCGGCAGUUUCUCAAAGAAGAGAAGAUGACAGGAAGUUCCAGGUGGCGAUGUCCUCGCUGUAAAGUAGAUAGAGACUCUGUCAAGAAGAUUGAUAUCUGGAAAUUACCCAGAAUUCUUCUGAUAGGACUCAACAGAUUUGUUUAUGAAGGCCAGUGGCGACAGAAAAUCAGUUCUUACGUGGACUUUCCUGUUCAAAGUCUAAAUUUAGAUUCCGUUGUUCAAUCACCGACAACAACAAAGAGCAAAUACAAUCUGUAUGGUAUAUCUAAUCACUAUGGUACUAUGGACGGUGGACACUAUACAGCCUUCUGUAGGAAUCCCUGUACCAAAAGAUGGUAUAAAUAUGAUGAUGAGCAAGUCUACGAUAUGUCAGAAUCAGAAGUUAAGAGUUCAGCAGCCUUUGUUCUUUACUACACAUCAAUAGACCUGUUACCACCAGAUUUUAGGAAGAAUUUUUAACCAAGGAGACAAUGUUUGUAAACUAGAUAUAAAACAUGUGAACUACUCAAUGAGGGUUGUGUUUUACUAAUCUCUUCAGAGGCAUUUGUACAAAAUAUUUUUUAAGCUUAUUUUCACAAAUUUGGUCCAAAAUGUUCAUUAUUCUAAUCUUGCAAUUGUUUGACAAGAAAAAAAAACAUACUUGCUUUUUUUUCCAAUUAUACUGUCAUUGUCCAUGUAGUCAUGCUGCUUUUAAAAACACUAAAAAAAAUGUCUAUUGGUUUCCAUUCUCUAACUUUAGUUACCUGCCACCAAAUGUUAUAGAACUUAUAUACAAUGCAAAUCAAGUUAGAAGUUCACUAGUUAUGUCCCUUUGUAAAAUUAUGUGCCAGCAGGGAAUUAUCUGUGUCCCAUUAGCACAUUCUCUGUUUAUAUUUCUGUCAAGGUCAUAGAUCAUAUCACUUUAAAGGCUAGAGAAAAGAGUAAUAAAUACUGUUUCUUGUGUUCUAUAUUACCUAAUUGAGAUAACAAUAAUCUUUUGGGUUGAAGUUUACUGCAGAUUCAUUCAUCUUUUACGUGGGUAUCAAGUUUUUGUGGAUUGAGAAAAACUGAUUUUCGUAGAUAUUUUAUUUACUUUUUUGCCUUUCUUAUGUUAAAUUUGUAAUGUUUUGAACUUGUUGUUCACCUGUACCCAAGAAACCCAUCAAAAUUGACAUCCAGCAAGUAAUAUUGAAUCCAUAGUAAAUGGUUCAAAGAACUAGUUUUUGAUGAAUUAGACAUUUUGUUUUGACAUGUUUACUGUAUAAUUAACCACGUCAUAUAAUAGUAUGGCAUUUACUGCAUAAACUGUGAUUGUUUUUAUGUAAAUUAUAUUUUAUCCUGUAAAUAUUCAACAAAUAUAAAUAUUGUUAUAAUUUAUGCUACAUAUGUAUAUAUUUUGUAUUUGCUUCAUAUAUUUUUAUUUUAGAAAAUUGUAAACAGCUAUCUAACAUUGAAAUGAAAAAUGUUUGCAUCGUGUGCUCUCUGUACAGCUGUUUAAUUUGUUUAUUUGGAAUAGAGAUAAAAACCAUAAUAGACCUUCAUUAGCUCAACCAUGUCCUAAAAUGGAACUUCUACCUUCUAUAUCAUCCCCUCGCCUCUUCCCCUCUUCUUUUCGUUUUUAAAACAGCUGACCAGAAAUGGAAGUUUAGACAUAAAAAGCCUUUCAGUAGACUGAUUGAUUGAUUGAGGGUGUUUUAUGCAACUUUGAGCAUUAUUGAUUAUAUCAUAUCUGCCAGUACUUAUAUUGUAAAUCCGCUGACUCCGGAAAGAAAAACUGACAAUCCUAGUCAAUAAGAUCUAAGUGUAAUGUACCUAAUGAGCAGGUUCGAUCUUGAU